CGUUCCCCCCUGUUUUUCACUCAUUAACCAUGGCAGACAUCAACGCUAUCGCAAAACAGUUCACCGAGUUUUACUACACAACUUUCGACACAAACCGCUCCAAUUUGCUCUCCCUUUAUCGGGACUCGUCGAUGUUGUCUUGGGAGGGUGCACCGAUCCAGGGAGCCCAAAAUAUUGUAGAGAAAAUCACUAGCCUGCCUUUCCAAAAGGUUCAACACAAAGUCACCACCCUCGAUGCUCAGCCCUCGUCCCCGACCCAAGCCAGCAUUCUCGUCAGCGUGACCGGUCUUCUUCUCGUCGACGACUCGCCCAAUCCCCUGAACUACAGCCAAGUCUUCCAAUUGAUUCCAGACGGUGGAAGCUACUAUGUGUUCAACGAUAUCUUCCGCCUCAACUACGGUUAACCGCAUCUCCUGCCUUGUUGUAUCAUUAUGAAAUAGAAGUUCAAGAUCUCCGCUGUAUUCUUCAAUCAUCUAUGUUAUCGUCGGUCUACGUGAAGUGUAGCGCUA